CUAUCUAUAUGUUUAUUUAUCUAUAUUAUCUAUCUAUCUAUCUAUUUUUAUUUCCCUCCUUCUCUUUCUUUCGCUGUUUCACCUGAGGAAUUAUCGCGAGAGAAAUAGAAAAAGGUAAUCUUUUUUACAUUUUGAUAUAUAAUGAUUAACGUGUGUUUUCGAUUCUCAUAAGAAUGUUGGUCAAGAAUAUCGGUAGAAAGUCUCGGUCGACGGAACGUACACGACGUGAAUAUAGGCACGUUCGCGAAUCGUGCUCAACCCGUUUACGCGGAUAUAUGAUAUUUUACGAACGCGCUGCGUCGACGGAAAUUGUUUUCCUAGUUGACAGCAAUGCAGUGUUGUUUAAGCGUGCCAGGAUCAAUAACUGGCAACAGCCUCAUGUGGACUUUUGCACGACCGCGAACCUAGUGAUGAAAAAGGAAUGACAGGUACUGGAAAAAUAUGGACUUGUUGAUUCAUUUCACCUUAUCGAGAUGGAGUGAUUAUGCAACAAAUGUUAUUUUUAAAUCGGCAUAAAAUAAGACAAUGUAGUAUUGUGUUAUAUAUUUUCUGUUCUUUUCUAAUAAAUAGAAAUAUAUGUACACAUAUACUGCGCAUAUAAUGUUUACACUUGGAUAAUUACAUUUAUUAAACCAAUCAAUGAUGGUACUAUAGUAAUUAUAAUAAAAUGUGAAUUAAUAGUUAAUUCUGUGAAAGUUAUCAUUUGAAUAGAGUGAUACUGUACAUUGUACGGUAUGUUUAUAAAUAUAGUAUUCAAACAUGGAAAUAAAUUACGACGAGGAUGUAUCUCAAAAUCCAUUUCUAGAAAAACUUAGAAAUUAUUACGAACCAACUUUACGAUUAGCUGCACACGAAGGUUGGAUUGUCUGCGUACCUCGUCGUGGUACUUUUACAAAAGAUAUUUUAUACAAAGAAGAUGUAGAGGAACAUAUUUUGAUACCGAAUUAUGAAAUGUCAGAAACUUCAUUUCGUUCUUUAAACAAUAAGAAUGUCAAGCUCCUUAAUAGAAUAUUAACUGUAAAUUAUGAAACAUCUGAUUCAUAUUCUGUACGUUUACUUUUUGAAGAAACAUUUUAUAAUGAAGGUUCAUGGAAGUAUCGAAUAUGGUGCAUAGAAGGUCCUAUUAAUUGUGAAUCGCUAUCGUCGCAUAAUCAUUUGACUACAAUAAUGAAUCUACAAGAUGCCAUAAAUUUACUUUGGUCUGAAAUUAAUGAAAAAAUCUGCAAUAGUUUAGAAUUAAAUAUAAAAGAAUUUCAGCAAAUAUAUUCAAACAUCGAAGAUACAUCGUUAGAAACAUUGAAGGAUUCUGUCUUUCAAUUAUACUCGAAUUGCAUUGAAAUGAUACUGCAGGAUAAAUUUAAUGAUACAAGUAAUACUUCCACAUAUCUCAUUCAAAAUAUAAAAAUUGCAGUUGAAACAUAUAUAUUACAUGCAUUGAGAAAAACUCUUCAAAAAUCAAUAUCCAUUUAUAUGGCUGAUGAUGAUGCUAAUUUAAAUAAAAUAAUAAGGAAUUUAACCGACUUAAAAUUUGAUGAUUUAGGAAUACAUUUAAAUCUACGUACCAAUAUUCACAGAGGAAAAUUAGAGUUAUCGCAUAUAGUUUGUUAUAUGACUGUCUUAGAAAAACUUGAAUGCCUCAGGAGAAGUAUUCGUUAUAUAUCUCAAGGAGUAUCUUCUAUUUCAUCGGAUGAUUUAUUACCUAUACUAGUAUACCUUGUCAUCAAAACUAGUUUAUCAAAUUGGAUAGCACAAAUAACUUUUAUAAAGCAUUUUCGUUUCUCAGCGUGUAGUAUUAAUGAGUCGGAUGAACUUGCCUAUCUAACAACAUCUUUAGAAGCAGCAGUGGAGUAUAUCAAAUCUGGUGCAUUAAUGGAAAAAAAUAGAAUUAGUCAGGUCUCUGACUCGGAACAAAAACUACAAAAUGAAAAUGAACAGCGCACAUCUUUGGAUUAUUUAUUUACAUGCAUAACGAAAGGUGAUUUAUCAGAAGUAGAAAACUUAUUAUCAUCCGACAUCAUCAACUUGUAUAAUCACGUUCCAUUAUGUCACCCAUUGUGUACUUGUGAAUCUUGUGAAGUAUCUUUAGCUAAAAAUCGUCUUUUAAAUCGACCAACAGUAUCCUCAAAAAACGAACACGGUUCAACUGCCCUACAUAUAGCCAGCUUUCAUGGAAAAGUUAAUAUUGUCGAUUAUCUUUUAAAUCAUGGAGCUGACACUAACAUAACUGAUAAUGAUUCACUCACGCCUCUUCACUGUGCAUUAAUGAAAGGUCACCAAAAUAUAGUAUUACUACUUUUACAUGCAAAUGCAAACCCUAUAAUAGUAGAUAAUUAUGAAAAUACAGCAUUACAUCUAGCUUCUGAUCGUGGACAUGAAGGUUGUGUGAAAGCUUUGCUUUACUUUGCAGAACAUACAAAUUUAUAUCUUAAUGUUAAUUCUCCUAAUACUGAUGGUGAUACACCACUACAUCGUGCAUCUAAGUGGGGAUAUUUAGGUAUCAUAGAAGUUCUUUUAGAAUACGGAGCAGAUUGCAAAAUCAAAAAUAAAUGGGGCCAAACAUCUUUCGAUGUUGCACAAGGUGAACGAGUUAAAAUACUAUUGCAACGUAUUGCACCAAAUGUUCUAGUUCCUUCUACCAUAAAAGUUCAUCAUUCAUCACCAAUUUUACAAUUAUCUUUAAAAACUGAAAAUAAAAUAAAGUCUAAAUGUUCAUCUGACAUAAAUAUUACAGUACAAAUCAACAAAUUAUUUUCUGCAAUUAGCGAAGGCGAUAUACACUUAACAAAUUAUUACCUUGGAUGGAGUAACCAAAAUGAACAAAUGACAGUAAGAUCAGAUCUUUGUCAUCCAUUAUGUUACUGUGAACGAUGUGCUCCAAUGCAUGAAUAUUCAGAGAAAAAGAAUAAAAUACCAGCAGCAGUUUUUAAUUCUUACAAUGAUAAUGGCAAAACGGUUUUGCAUAUAGCGUCUAUUGUUGGAUCUUUAGAAAUAAUUCAAUUACUUCUAGAUGCAGGAGCAGACGUUAAUGUAACAACAAAAUUUGAGGGUCACACUCCAUUACAUUUAGCUUGUUCAGCUAAUAAAAUACAAGCGGUCAAAAUAAUUUUAGAUUGUGGAGUAUGCAAUAUAAAUGCCAAAGAUUUCAACGGAGAUACUCCUCUUCAUUUAGCAAUUAGAAAUGCCAAUAUAAGAAUUGUUGAAUUGCUAAUACGAAGUGGUGCUAAUACAAAUAUUCGUAAUUUACAGAAUGUAACACCACGUUUACUGCUUGAAAAACAAAAUUCUAAAGAAGUAAUUAGAAUAUUAAAAUGUGACUCCUUAGAGAUUCAUUGAUUGAUAAAUAAUAAAAGUGUCAUUAUUCAAAAUUGAUCGAUUUAACAAAAGUGAUUAAGUUAUUGUCGCAAUAAUAGAAAUUAUUAGAAAUUUUAUUUCUAUCACUAUACUGUUUUUACAUUUUAUUAUUAUAUAUUUACAUUGUGUACAUAGUUGAAACAUAUAAUUUACGUGAAAAUGAACAAUAAUUAUUACUUUAUAAUUUCAUUACUUUACUGCAACUCUGAAGAAUUAUAACUCAUAGUCUAUGCACCAUUAUUUUAAAGGAUAUUGUAUUCCAUUCUAAGUUAUGUGUAGCAAGUGCCUUUUAUCUUAAUAUUAUUUUUAUUAAGUACUCCUAUAAUUACUAUAUUAUAUCAAAUUUAUUCACAGUGUAAACCUUCCAUUAUGGCAUUUCAUAGCAUUUCGUUUGUACUAUUGUUUUACUUCAUUUAUAAAAAAAGAUUAUAUUAACAUACAGAUUCAUUAUUUAAUUAUUUUCAUUUGUUAAAUGUUGUAUAGAUUAAAUAUUUCUCAAGUGAUAAUUCACAGAAAUAAUGCUAGUGGUCUACUAAAUGUUUAUAAAUUUGUUUAUAUUUAUGAAAUAUUUUUUUAUCAUCU